CGGAUCUCCUUUUUGACUGACAACAACUUAAAAACCGUCGCAAUCAAAUUCCACGCGCGUCACCAUCUUAAACCGAAAAAGGAAAGCGAAGGAGUCGUCGCUUAUCCGAGCAGUAAUGGAAGCCGUUCUGCGAAAUCCAAACCCAUUUUCGCUCCCUUCCAUCUCCGCCGUUAAAUCCAGAUGCUUCAGCAACCGGUUUCCUCAUGUCCGUCUUCCGGCUUACGCCUGGGUCGGCAGAAGGAGAAGUCAUUUAUCUUUCACUGUCAAGGCCGUUCAGCAUUCCACUACGAUAGAAGAACUGGAUCCUUUCGAGUUGAAGCUGAAAAACCCGGCUAUCUCAACUUCAUAUCGGGAUUCCCAGUUUUCCCUUCCUAAUCAGACCGUGUUGGAUGCUCAGGCUAAGGUCUGCACCGGCCCGACCCAAACUAGACCUCUCAAUGAAGAGCAAGCAUUCAAAGUCUUACGGACCAUUCUAAAAUCUGCUAAGGGAGAGCUGAAAGAUGAAGAGGCAGUAUCUAAAGCCCAACUCGGGGCAUUUUUCGCGGCUAUGACUAUUAGAGCAAAUUCUUUUCCAGAGGCAACACAGUGGAGUGAUGGGGAAAGGCGAGCUAUGGAAUUCUUUUGGCCCGAAUUGAUCCGGGUUCUUCCUCCGGAUAUAAUUUUCAUAGCUGAUCCAGAAGGUUCUUUGAUGGGAAUAGGAAGCUCCAUAGGACCCCAGUUUGUUGGGAACAACACUGCGGAAAUGAGACUUGUGGGUGCCUUGAGGGAAGUUUUGGCUGGAGGUCAUCUUGGAUAUGAGGAGGUUCAGGGUGUUCUGAAAGAUGUUCUUCCACUAGAUAGAGGACUGUCUGGUGUGAGUGAGACAUUGCUUUCGGCGUUUCUGAUAGGACAGCGAAUGAACAGGGAGUCAGACCGUGAGCUGAAAGCUUACUGUCUUGCAUUUGAUGAUGAACCAGGUCCUGCACCAGUUGCUGAUGUUAAAUCGUUGACCCAUUAUGGCGAACCUUAUGAUGGAAACACCCGGUAUUUCAGAAGCACAUUAUUUGUUGCUGCUCUUAGAUCCUGCUAUGGUGAAUCUUGCUUGCUUCAUGGCGUGGAUUGGAUGCCACCCAAAGGAGGCAUCACUGAAGAGCAAAUGCUGAAGUUCAUGGGUGCAAAUACACAGUUAUCACCAUUCCAAGCCAAAAAGAUUCUUGAGGAUGACAAGAUAGGUUUUGCUUACAUAAGUCAGCGUGAGGCUCACCCAUCUUUAUAUUCUUUAGUUGGGUUGAGGGAACAUAUAAAGAAGCGCCCACCAUUGGCAACUGCAGAAAAGGUUCAACAAUUAGUAAGGGCACAAGGGAAGGAAGCAAUUGUUGCAGGCUUUUAUCAUGAUGGUUAUGAAGAGCCACUUUUAAUGCUUAUGAGGAGAAGAGGUGUUCAUUCUGGUUUGGUGGUCAAAGGAGAAGAAGGUGCACUUUCAAUGACCACCAAAUCACGAUCAGUAAAUGCAUCAAAGGGUCUGUCAGUAAAUUACUGUUCUGGAUUUCGUUCAGUAAAUAGGACACCUGCUAAUGCAGCCGACGGUGUGUCACGUGAGAGUUUCAACUUUGUGGUGAAUGCAGAGGAGUAUGGCUUUAAACCCACUGAUACUCCCAGGACAGAUAAAUCGGUAGCAAGAAAUAUAGAAUUGGGUUUAGCUGCUCUGCAAGGAGAGAAAGGUCCAGCAUAUGACCGAAUUGUUUUAAAUGCUGGAAUGGUUGACCAUUUACUUGGGUGUGAAGGAGCUGAAGAUGUACCCAUUGCCCUUGCGCGAGCCAGAGAGGCCAUAGACAGUGGUAAUGCCUUACAGAGACUCUUGCAGUACGUGCGAAUAUCUAAUUCAGUGCGAUAAAGGUUGACUUCAUAAUGAAUACUUAAAUCUUUAUUUGUCCCCAUAGUUGAUACAUUAUGUAAACAAAGUUUCAUAUACUAUGAAAGUGAGAUAUAAUAGUAGUGAAAGUUUUUUUUUUGUAAUUAAAGUAGGACUUUUGCCUGAGUAUCACACCAAGAAGUUUUGAUGAAUGUGUAAAUUGUUUUUAGCUAAUUA